AUCAUGCAUAUUCUUUUACUCGCCCAACUUGUCCACUGACUUGGACACUUAUCUAUCCCAACGGUACAAAGAAUGUAUGCCAAACGACAAUAGGGGAACCACCGAAAGCUAAACAAAGCUACAGUGCUUUAUUCCUCUCUAAUCUUCACGCGAAUCCUGUUCUCUUUCCACUUUAUGCCUCGGUCCACGUAUGAUUCUUGAUGAUUACUUAAGACACAAGCAUAUAUUUUUUAUUUUGCUUCCCUUUGCUUCUCAGCCAAUUUGAAGGCCUAACUUGUAUUUCCUCCUCACAAGCUUCUGUUGAGAGGCAGCAAUGGGUUUGGCAAUUUCUCGAUUCGUGAAGAUGCUUUUUGCAAGGAAAGAAAUGAGGAUUCUGAUGGUAGGUCUUGAUGCUGCAGGAAAAACCACCAUCCUCUACAAGCUGAAACUCGGAGAAAUUGUUACCACCAUACCCACUAUUGGGUUCAAUGUGGAAACUGUUGAAUACAAAAAUGUUAGCUUCACCGUCUGGGAUGUUGGAGGGCAAGACAAGAUUCGACCAUUAUGGAGACACUACUUUCAGAACACCCAGGGUCUUAUCUUUGUGGUGGAUAGUAAUGACAGAGAAAGAAUCUCAGAAGCCAGAGAUGAGCUCCAUCGGAUGCUUAGUGAGGAUGAGCUGCGUGAUGCAACUUUGCUAGUGUUUGCCAAUAAGCAAGACCUUCCAAAUGCUAUGAGUGUCUCUGAAAUCACAGAUAAACUAGGCCUGCAUUCACUCCGUCAGCGCCGAUGGUACAUACAAGCUACAACUGCCACUUCUGGCCAAGGGCUUUAUGAAGGUCUUGAUUGGCUAUCCAGCAACAUCACUAGCAAGGCAUAACUUGAGAAGCUUGAUGCAGCUUGUUUUAGAGCCAUUGCCAUAUCAAUCCAGAGAGUCUGCAACUAAAACUUGUGACUUUUACAAGUGAAAAGCAUGAACAUGAACUCUACAUACGUGUGUAAUUUUUGAAUAACUAUGGUAAUAUCAAACUACUAUACGAUUUGGUGUGAUACCUCUCAUUGUAAGUAACAAAAAUUGGAACAGGAUCCGUUCCAUUUCAAAAUCAUAUUACGAUUCAGAUUUUAUUUUGUUGUAUUUAACCUACUUUUGCGGCAAUGUCGCAUUUAAUAAGUUCUAUGGGUGCUUUGUGUGUGUGUCGGAAACUCCUAAGACAAAUGUUCAGUUCUUGUUAAAU